UUAUAUGCCGGGCCGCCGCGCCCCGCCCACCCUGGCCUGGAACCAAUCGCCGCCCGCGCUCUCAGCCCGCUCCCCACGGGACGCGAGUGGCCGGGAACCACCGGGGGCGGGGCCAAAGGGCCGCUUGUGGCGCCUUGCCUUUCGCGCCGUCGGCUCCCUCCGCCCGGCGCCCGUAAAACGCCCAGAAACCUGGAACGGUGGAGAAAAAGAGUUCUUCUCCUCCAAAGGGUGUAGUCCGUGGAUUGCAGUACACAAAAUAAGGAAAAUGAGUAAGUCCUCUACAUACGAACCAAGUUGCGAACUUUCAAAGAGGCGAACAUGCGUUCCAUCAACGUCAGGUGUGAGUAAAAUUGCAGCCCUCUGUCUCCUAUUGCUGAGGAUCCUUCAGCUCUACCAUCUCCACCUCCUCGCCCUCCUCCAGUCAGUAACUCUUCUUGCCUGUUCACUCGAUGCCAGCCCCUGGAUGCCAGCUGUUGUACUGUACUGCUGUACUUUUCAAGACUGGCUGUUGCUGUCCAUUUCCCAAUCCUGCUGUUUAGCCACGUGGGGUUCUUCUUCGUGCCAGUUACGUGGGCGCAGGGGCUGGACUCUUCCUCCAAGGUCAUGAGCAGAGGAGCCUUCUGGAAUGCCUGUUCAACAAACAAACUGCCUCUCCCUUCAAGUGUCAAACCUGAGUGAGUUUGCAAUCCCUGUCGCCAGCAUCUGACGAAAAGCCCAAGGAAGGAGUCAAGACUGAGAACAACGAUCGUAUUAAUUUGAAGGUGGCGGGGCAGGAUGUCCGUGGUGCAGUUGAAGAU